CAAACAAGAAAUGUAUGCUUGUUUUCCGUAUCGUUUACCAAUAUAAAAUGAACAAAGAUAUUUCUACAGUGAUAAUUAAUUGAGAUUAGAAACCAAUGCUUAAUGACUACGACACAGUCACUUGCAUGUCAGGUCGUUUAAUUUUGUAAAUGUUCAGCAUGUUCAGUGUCUUUCAAUGUGUUAUUGGAGGUAGGGUAAAAUAAAGGAUUUUCAUUAUCAUUUGGAUUUCCAUAAGUGUCAGUCUCGGUCGACAUUUGAACUCACGACCUCCCGAUCACGGAGCGGGCGCUCUACCGACUGAGCUACCGUGAAUAAACCAUGACGUUACUCAAAACCUUCCUCCUCGCCAUCGUUUUCAGUUUUUUUUUCUGUGACGAGAAUGAAAUACGGUUAGAAAGAGAUCUAAUGAGGAACUACAGCAAACACAUUCGACCCUCCAACAACCACAGGGACCGCUUAGACGUGCUGCUGACAGUUACUCUCACUGGGAUUAUAGACGUGAACUGGACAGAUCCAAAACUUUGUUGGGAUCCGAUUAAAUAUGAUAACAUUACCCUUAUUCAUCUUCCAUAUGAUCAAGUGUGGAAAGCGGAUAUCAUUCUACAUAACUCGAUUGAUUCAAGCAUGAAAUCUUCAAUCAGUACGAAUAUCCCUAUCAGCUCACAAGGACAGGUUUUGUGGUGGUCACAAUGGAUUUUUAAAAGCACGUGUACUAUGGAUAUUCAAUAUUUUCCUUUUGAUGUGCAGACAUGCUUCCUUGAUUUUGGAUCUUGGUCUUUUGACAAUAGUUACAUUAAUGUUAUUCCAGUGAAUCAAGAUGCCCACCUUGACUUUUAUAAUCCUAAUUCGGAGUUCGACUUUGUGGAAUAUUCUACUCACAACUACUCAUCGUUUUAUGCUGCCUGGUCAGACCCAUUCCUUUAUGUAAGGUACAAGAUAGUAAUCAAACGUAAACCGCUAUAUUACCUGUUUAAUAUUUUGAUGCCGACUAUUUUACUUACCAUCAUAUCACUACUUGGCUUUUUUAUCCACGGAUCGGAGGAGAAAAUAUCCAUAGGAAUUACUACAUUGUUGUCGAUGGUCGUUCUACAAAUGGUUGUUGCCGACCGCCUCCCUCCCGUGUCUGAUGCAGUCCCUCUCAUUAGUUUAUAUUACGGAAUAUCGAUCCUCCUUAUCUCCCUUUCUACAAGUAUCAAUGCACUGACUAUGAACAUUUACCAUUAUGGGGAUACGGGCAGAGAGGUUCCAGCCAUUUUAAAAAGAAUCUUCUUCGGAUCUCUCUCACGUAUUCUCUUUGUUUCGGUUCCUUUCAACAAAACCAUAAAACGAAAGAAUCCAGGUGCCCAGCAGGGUUACAAAAUAUGCUUAAAGGAAGAGAGUUCUCUAAAGCGACUGUUCAAGGAAGCACACGAUAAUCAAGUUGACGAAGACAAUUCAGAUAGAAAAGUGGACAUUGUCUUACUCCAAGAAAUGCUGCAGAUGGUUCUGAAAAGUAUAACCCAGGAAAACGAUAACCGUCUCCAAAAGGAACAGCGUUCUGAUGCUUUGAGAAAGGAAUGGGAAGAACUCGCUCGCGUUCUCGAUAGAUUGUUUCUAUUUAUUUUCUUAUCAGUUUAUGCUUGUUUGACAAUGUAUCUGUUUAUUUCGCAUUAAAAUGGAUGCUUCAAUUAAAAGAAAUCAACUGAGAUGUAGAAAAUCAGGUUUUCUUUUC